ACAACGAAAUUACCAGUGAACACACAUUGCUAUAGAUCCAGAUCUCCAUCCUUCGAUUUCAGUCCCUCUUUCUCCUCAUUUCAAACCCUAACCCUAAAUUCGAAUCCCAAUCUCUCUUUCUCAAUCCGAUGGCAUCCGAAGAAGCGAUCGCCGCCGUGGCUGAGACGGUCGAGAAUCCUCCACCGGAGCCGGCCAGCACCGAGCCGGCGGAGGAAAAACCGGCGGCCAAAACCAGCAAGGCGAGCAAAGCCAAGGAGCCGAAGGCGAAGAAACCAGCCGCUCCCAAGAAGGCUAGAACUACUCCCACUCACCCUCCUUAUGAAGAGAUGGUUAAGGAUGCGAUUGUGACUUUGAAGGAGAGAACUGGUUCGAGCCAGUAUGCGAUCACAAAGUUCAUUGAAGAAAAGCACAAGCAGCUCCCUCCAAACUUCAAGAAGCUUCUGCUUUACCAUUUGAAGAAGCUUGUUUCUUCCGAUAAGCUCGUCAAGGUCAAAAGUUCAUUCAAGCUUCCUUCUGCUAGGUCCGCCGCGGCAACUAAGCCUGCUUCUCCGGUGAAGAAGAAGCCAGUGGCCGCCGCCAAGCCCAAGGCUAAAGCUGCUGCGAAGCCUAAGGGAGGCAAAACGACAAAGCCAGCAAGCAAAGCUCCGGCGAAGCCAAAGGCUGCUGCAGCAAAGCCAAAGCCUAAGCCGAAACCUGCUGCAAAGCCGAAGGCUGCUGCUCCAAAGCCCAAAGCUGCUGCUCCUGUCAAGUCUAAGCCGGUUGCAACUGUCAAGCCUAAAGUUACCGCUGCCAAGCCAAAAGCUGCAGCUGCCAAGCCAAAGGCAGCAGCUCCAAGGCCCAAGCCCAAGGAGAGACCGGCCAAGGCGGCACGGACUCUGACGAGGUCAUCUCCGGGAAGAAAAGCUCCGGCGGCCAAGCCUGCACCGAAGAAAGCUGCGACUCCAAAGAAGGCUCCAACUCGGAGCGUGAAGCCAAGAAGCGUCAAGUCACCGGCGAAGAAAGCUCCAGCUCGGAAGGGAAGAAAGUGAGAGAAUAGGGAGGAAGAGACUCUAGUUGGUUGUAGGGGUAGUCUUGUAAAUCUCUUCGUGUUUGCAGUUAAGGAAAAAAUAUAUAUCGGAUUUUUUUUUUUU